CCGAGCAGGGGCGACCUCGCUGUGGCCUUGCGCUUGCCAGCUGCCCCCCGAGAUCGGCUGUCUGCAGAACCUGGCCUCGCUGGACGUCAGCAGCAACGCGGAGCUCAGGUCCUUCCCCAACGAGAUGGGGAAGCUGAGCCGGCUGUGGGACCUGCCCCUGGACGAGCUGCGCCUGGACUUUGACUUCAAACGUGUGGGGUGCAAAGCUAAGGACAUCGUCAGGUUCCUGCAGCAGCGGCUGAGGAAGGCUGUACCCUACCACCGGCUGAAGCUCCUGGUUGUGGGGAGCGCGGGCAGCGGCAAGACCACCCUGCUGCGGCAGCUGAUGAGAGUCCGGAAGGCGGAGGCGGGCGCGCCCGGCCCCACGGUGGGCAUCGAUGUCAAGGACUGGCCAGUGCCCGUGCGAGGCGGGGCGAAGCGCGACCUCGUGCUCAACGUCUGGGACUUCGCAGGCCGGGAGGAGUUCUACAGUGCGCACCCCCACUUCAUGACCCCCCGCGCCCUCUACCUGGCCGUGUUCGACCUCAGCAAAGGGCCAGAGGAGGUGGACGCCAUAAAACACUGGCUCUUCAACAUAAAGAUCCGGGCUGAGCCGGUGGUGGGGCAGCUGGUCCCGGCCUGCUACGUGGGGCUGGAGAGGAUCGUCCUGGCGGAGCGCAGGAGCGCGCCGGCCGAGUUCCCCGUGGUCAGCCGGCAGCGGCUGCUGCAGCUCGUGAGGGAGCAGCAGCUGCCGCUGGACGAGAGCGAGCUCCCCCAGGCCGUGCACUUCCUCAGCGAGUCAGGGAUCCUCCUUCACUUCCAAGACCCUGCGCUGCAGCUGGACGACCUGUACUUCGUGGAGCCCAAGUGGCUCUGCAAAGCCGUGGCCCAGGUGGGCGGGGCACAGCGGGCUGGCUCUGGCCUGCCCAGCCCCACGCCGGUGGUGGAGCUGCCUCACUGCGAGGGCUCGGAGCUCACGGUGCGGCUGUACGAGGCGCCCUGCUUCCCCAUGGGCUUCUGGCCGAGGCUGAUCGCCCGCGUGCUCGAGGCCUCGCCCCACAUGCUGUCCGGCAGAGAGUGCGCCCGGCGCCCCAACAGGGUAUACUGGCGGCAGGGCAUCUACCUGCACUGGUCCUCGGAGGCCUACUGCCUGCUGGCCGCCGAGGCCCCCCGCGGCCGCCCUGACUGUUGCCUGAGGAUCACAGUGCCCUCCUGCAGGAAAGGGCGCGUCCUGCUGGGCCAGGCGGUGGACCACGUCGACUCGCUGCUGGAGGAGUGGUUCCCGGGGCUGCUGGAGGCUGACGUCUGCGGGGACGGGGAGAUGCUGCUCAAGAAGUGGGCGCUGGUCAGCUUCCGCGCUGGCGAGGAGCCUCAGAGGGUCCUGCUGGACGACCUGGCCAGGGAGGCGGAGCACGGAGACCUGCUGGCCAGCCCGGGCCAGCCCAGGCUGACGGUACCCAUCGCCCGGAUAGCGCCGGACCUGGUGCUGGCCGACCUGCCCAGGAGCACGGUGCUGCGCCUGAGGGCCGCAUCCCCGCAGGAGCUGGCGGUGCUCUGUCGCCUGCACCACCCCAGCCUCGUGUCCCUGCUGGCGGCCGGCAUCCGCCCACGUGUGCUGGUCAUGGAGCUGGCGGCCAGGGGCUCGCUGGACCGGCUGCUGGAGCAGGGCCCCGCCGGCCUCCCCCGCGUCCUGCAGCACCGCAUCGCCCUGCACGUGGCCGACGGCCUCAGCCCCCAGGCCCUGGAGGCAGGGACACUGGUGGCCACCGAGCUGCCCGGCGGAGCUGUCGCCAAUCAUCCUGCCCCGCUCUGGGGUGCAGGCAGCCGCGGCGACGCUGGCCGCAGCGGCGCGGCCACUGCCGAGGGUGACGACCAGGACUGGUCGGUCAGCGUGGAGCUGCGCCCGUGCGCCCGCGGCCAGUCCGGCACGUGCCUGACCAGCGUGACGCUGCUCCUGAAUUCGUCUGUUUCAGCCGACAAGUACGUGUUCCGCGAGGACGGCUCGUUCACACACGACGACGCCAGAAACCAGAGCUCCCACCACUCCGACCACGUGCAGGUGUUCAGGGCGUCCUCCUCGUACCUGCAAGUGGAGACGCACUUCCACGUGAAGAUGCAGAUCCAGACGGAGCCGGCCAUGCAGCUCUACCUGUCCAUGCCGCCCGAGCACUCCUGCCCCAGCGGCCUCGUCUUCAAGUACAACGUCAAAGCCUGCAACAGCUCCUGCCGGUCCCUGUCGGAGAGGGACAGGAGCUGCGACGUGGAGGAUGUCCCCGUGGAUGGCUGCGCCUGCCCUGACGGCACCUACCAGGACAGUGGGGGGCACUGCGUGCCCAGGUCCCAGUGCGACUGCUACCUGGACGGCCAGGUCCUGCGGCCCGGCAGGCUCAUCCACCUGGACGACAACGAAUGCGUCUGCCGGGACGGACUCCUCCUCUGCCGGACGCCCAUCCACUUACCGCAGCAGAACUGCUCGGGGGGCGCCGAGUACGUGGACUGCAGGGACCCGAAGGCACAGAGGCGGGCGGACAGCACCUGCAGCACCCGGAACAUCCCCACCUUCGACGAGAACGUGCCUUGCAAGCGCGGCUGCUACUGCCCGGUGGGGAUGGUGAGGGACUCGAGGGGCCAGUGCGUCCUUCCCGACGACUGCCCCUGCUCGUUCGGGGGCCAGGAGUACCGGACGGGCAGCGUCACCGCGGUCGGCUGCAAUCAGUGCACCUGCGUGAAGGGCUCGUGGAGCUGCAGCCAGCGCGAGUGCCAGAGCGCCUGCCACAUCUACGGCGACGGCCACGUGCGCACCUUCGACGGGCGCAGCUACAGCUUCGACGGCCUCUGCCAGUACUCGUUCCUCGAGGACUACUGCGGCGGCGAGAACGGCACGUUCCGGAUGCUGACCGAGAGCGUCCCGUGCUGCGAGGACGGGCUCACGUGCUCGCGGAAGGUCAUCGUGGCUUUCCAGGACCAGAACGUCGUCCUGCACGACGGGAAGGUGACCGCCACGAGGACCGCGGAGAGCAAGGACUGUGCGCUCCGCGCCGAUGCCUACUCCGUGCACACCGUGGGCCUCUACCUGAUUGUCAAGUUCAGAGGCGGGGUGACCGUGAUCUGGGACAAAAACACCAGAGUGUCGGUCAUCCUGGACCCGCACUGGCAUGGCAAAGUGUGCGGCCUCUGUGGCAACAACAAUGGCGACCUCAAGGACGACUUCACCACGCGGCGCUCCUCGGUGGCAGCCGGUGCGCUGGAGUUUGGAAACAGCUGGAAGACGAGCCAGGAGUGCUCGGACACGGUGGCGCAGGCGUUCCCGUGCGACUCGAACCCGUACUGCAAGGCCUGGGCCACGCGCAAGUGCGAGAUCAUCCGGGACAGCACCUUCCGGGACUGCCACGGCAAGCCUUCUGUGAGAGGCUCUGGCACGACGGGGUCAUCAUCUGUAGAAGCAGAGACCACAGGGUCAUCACGUGUAGACACUGGCACGGCCGCACAAUCUAGAUUACCUGAGUCAACACCCAGUACAGUGGGGGCCACUAGGUCUUUGAAGACGACGACGCCUUCUGUGAGAGGCUCUGGCACCACGGGAUCGUCGUCUGUGAAGGCAGAGACCACAGGGUCAUCAAGUGCAGACACUGGCACGAGCUCACAAUCUACACUAUCUGAUACAGCGGGGACCACUAGGUCUUUGAAGACGACCCCUCCUGUGAGAAACUCUGGCACCACAGAGCCAAAGUCUGUGGAAGCGGAGACAACAGGGUCAUCACGUGUAGACACUGGCACAACCUCACAAUCUAGAUUACCUGAGUCAACACCCAGUACAGUGGGGACCACUAGAUCUUUGAAGAGGACGACGCCCUCUGUGAGAGGCUCUGGCACCACGGGAUCGUCAUCUUUAGAAGCAGAGACCACCAGGUCAUCAGGUGUAGACACUGGCACGACCGCACAAUCUAGAGUACCUGAGUCAACACCCAGUACACCAGGGACCACUAGAUCUUUGAAGACGACAUUAACUUCUGUGAGAGCCUCUGGAACUACGGGGUCGUCGUCUGUAGAAGCAGAGACCACAGGGUCAUCAGGUGGAGACCCGGGCACAACAGCUCGUCCCGGAACAGCUGGAUCACCACCUAGUAUGCCGGGGACCACUAGGUCUUUGAGGACGACGCCGCCUUCUGUGAGAGACUCUGGCACCACAGGACCAUCGUCUGUAGAAGCAGAGACCACAGGGUCAUCACAUACCGGGGACCACAAGGUCUUUGAAGACGACUCCGUCUUCUGA